AUGGCGGCGGCUAGGACCUCGACGUUCCGGCCGGUGGAUCGGGAGGCGGACGAGGAUGAAGACUCACAGACAACCGAGCUUCAGAUCAAUGAGCUGCUCGCCAGUCUGAACAAGGCUUUUGAGGCCCACGGUACUGAGGACCAUGCCACGGCACAAAGCAUCUGUGCCACUAUCGUAACCACGCUUGAUCGUUCUGAUGCUAAGAGCGGUAGUAUGCUGCGUAAAGUUCGGCUCGACUGCCAACAGUAUGAGGGAGCACUGGAUGCCCUCAUCCUAGCCCUCGAUCUCAUGGAGACACCAGGUUUCCCGCUUCGUCCUCAGAUCAUUAUACCUGGCUCAUGGUGGCGCGUACAGCCCACCAACUAUCCAAAGAUGAACUGGCAGCCCACGCCGCUCACGAGCUUGGUGACGGACCUCAAGAACGCCAACCCAUCGGCCAGCGUAUGCCUGACACUUCCGAGCACGCCCAUGGAAGAAGAUGCAGAGCAGAGCCAGGAAGAUGAAAGCAGUGAUGGCAAUCCCGACAGCAGUGCAGGCCCCCAAACGAGGAGUGAAAGGCAGGACGCCGCACCACUGGCCUCCAACAACGUUUCGUGUACCUCGCUGACAGGUUCAGAGACGAUGGCCGUCGAUGGCGACCCUACCUCUGCCUCUCAGGCAACUGAAGUCUCGGAAGCCUCAUCAUCCCAAGAUCUGGCGCACAGCCAAGAAGCCACUCAACCUACGGAUCAAGAAAGCACUCAGCCGCUUGAUGCCUCAUCGAUACCGUCAGUCACCUCGAGCAUCAUGCAGCCGAGCACCAACGCCGACCCAAAGCCAGCCUCAGACUUGGAGCGACCCUCGGCCAAAAAGCCCCGUCUCACCCGUGCACGCUCCCGCCAACAUCGCUCUAUCGAGCCCAACAAUGCACCUGAGGCCCUGACGCGCAGCGCUUCGUCUCAAGGCACGGCAGGUCAGCUGGGCCGAGCCAUCGAUGGGCGUGCGGCUUGGUUGGCGGGCGGUGUUUAUACAGCCAACACAGCACUGUGGCUCGAUCAUUAUCACUUUGCGCGCGCACUCUUGGCGCUUCGUCGCCUCAAGAAGCACGAAUCCAAGCACCCACUGGGACGCAGUGGGUCCCGCGCUGAACAGGCUGCCGCUCUGGCCGAUGCCAUCACCACUCUGGCCAAUCCACAGGCCCCCGAAGUACCACUCGACAAUUCAACACCGGCCCCACCAUCAGAUGCCAUCGUUAUUGAGCUCUCCGAGGUUCUGCAUCGAGGACUGUAUGAGCUCGAUCUCUUGCGCCAAUCGCAGGAGCAGAAUUCUGCCACUCGCCGUCGACCCUAUUGCAUUAACGAAUGUGAUAUCACAAUCGGUUCGACCAAACAGCUGCAGACCACGUUGCACGCGGCGCGACACUUUUUCGUGGGUGUCGCUGCCGAGCGCGCUGGCCACUAUGAAGAAGUCUUGGAUCGUCUCAGCUUCCUGCCCACGCUGGAGCCCAAUGCCUUGCCCGUCCAAGACUUGACCAACUGCGUCCGUUACCUUCGAUCCUGGUGCAAGCGCCGCCAGGCGCUCACCGAGGAGCGACAGCUAGCUGCUGAGGCCGUUGCUGCCUUGCCUGCAUCUGAGCCAGCAGUGCCCGAGGCGAACCAAGCGAAUGACACCCAGCGGUCAGCUGGCGGACUCAAUUCAAAUGAUGCCACGCCUGGUGUAGCCUCACCGCUUGCCAGGGCUGGACAAUCCCCCAGCACAGUCGAGCUCAUGGACACGACAAGUGGGGACUGCUCAUCAGAUACCACCGAGAAGCAGCAAGCCCUGGCCGCCAUCGAGAAGCGACUUGCAGACUGGGUCGCCGAGUACGGGGACAAGGGAUGGCGAGUGUUUCGCCUUUGGCUUCAAACCCUGGCGUUGCGUCCCAUCUCUGCAUAUGCACUGGACUUUCUGCGAGACAUCAACGAUUUUGCUUCACGUGCGUUGCAUGUUGUGUUGAAGCCUCUUGGCGAUCUCUUGACCCGUUGCCGUGAGGAUCAGAAAUACCGGGCAUCCGGGCGGCAAGAAAAGCCCACAAGGCACAAAAUUGCGACUUCCAUGGCAAGCCUCACGUUCACCCUCGUGCACCAUGUCCAUAACCAAGUAAAGCAGCACGGCUCCAGCUGGAACUGUGACGCCUUGGGCACCGUGGCGGUGGAGCCGGACCUGCUGGCGCUUGCUCAAUGGCUGCUUCAUGCUCUUUUGUACCUUCGCGUGACUAUCAAGGAGAAUCUGGACUUUCUCCAAGUUGCACAGAACUACGCUUGUGCCCUCUUUGUAACCCAAGCCGCAGGCCCCUCGGUGGGCCUGCCCACUCUGAGCGUGACACCUGCUGCCUUUCUGGCCGAUUACUAUCGCUCUGUCCGCAAGCUGGACCUGUGUAGUACAUCGGCUGAGGCCUGUCAUGACCCUGUCGCCGCGCCUUUUGCGCCCCAACUCCUGUAUCACACCCAUGUGAUCCAUUUUCCUGACUCCUUCUCCUACGCUGAUAUCGUGCACCCUAUCGUAUGUCGGGGCUUGGACGCGGUGGUGAAGGAGCUAAUCCCCCGAGACGCAUCAGGCUGGCUACUUCUUCGGACCCUCUUCGACACGGCAUUUGAGGCGCUGCCACCAAAUGAUGCCGAGGCCAUCAUGCGUGAGGCCAUCUGCCCGCGCCCAACGGUGGCAGAGCUUCCAAAUGCCCUGGUCGUGACCGAGUGCAGACGCGCGCGCGCGAGUGGAUGGUCUGGCGAGCUGCUGCGCCUAUAUUUCUCACAGAAAUGUGAUCUCAUCAUGGUCGACGAAGACGAGAUUGCUCAGGAUGGUCCUUCCUUUGAAGAUCUCGCACUCACCGCCAUCUACUAUGACGCGGGGUCAUCGGACAGCUGGUGCCGCUUCGGCAAAUUUCACAAGGAGCAUGCAUCUGAGUGGUGGAACCAAGACAAGCUUGAACUGGACAUGGAGCGGCCUCAGAUUGCUGAUUGGCUGAAUCGCGCCUUGGUCAGCUUCCACAUGGCAAGCUUGACCCCAGACUCCAAUGACUAUGUGUGCUGGGUUGGCCAGGAAAUGGGCUACAUCUGCUACUUGCUAGGCCGCCUCGAAGAGCAGAUGCGCGGCAUUUGUACCCCCUUCUUGCAUGCCUGUGAGGUGACUUUGGAACGUACUCCGAUGGAAGAUGCAGUCUGGACGCAACCCCUGCGAGUCAUUCAUGAGAUGUUAUCCCUCUUGCGCGCGCUUUUGGGUCAGGUCAAGAGCUACUAUCGUGCAACCUUGCAUAUCGUGUACCUGGAGGUGCUGAAGAACGUGGUCUCAAAGCAACCAGAUGCUAUAGCCCAAGAAUUCACGGAUGAGCUCGCCUCGAAGAAUUUGGAGAAAGCGCUUUACGCCUAUUUCCCGAUGAAAAACAAAAACCAGUUUUGCGACAUUUACAAGUGGUGUGAUGGCAACACGGAUCGCUUGGAAGAAAUCAUGCAACCACGUACAUACCAUGAAGUCUGCUCAAAGUUGUUGACCAUUUAUGUUCAAGCAUUGUGUGCCACGCUGCGCGAUGCGGUGGCUUGUCUCGACGAGGAAAGGCCAGACGACGGUGUGGCCGAGAUUGAGUCUGAAUAUCUGGACCGCCUGAACCGCGUACUCAAUGUGGCUGAGGUGCUCAAAACAGCGAAUACAGCACCCAACUUUGAGGCCAUGGCCAGCGAUGAGGCGAGGCGCGAGCUGAAAGACGCGCUCAUGCUGGCUGCUGACCAUCUAAUUUCAGUGUUUCCUCGUUUGACAAAGACACAACUGCCAAGGACGGCCAAUGACGUCAGCAACCAUGAAAAGGAACUCGACAAGCAUUUGGCUUUGGCGCGGCGAUUGCGUGCGCUCGAUGCGCUCAAUGAGAGCCCGGCCAUGGAGGCUGCAGAGACACAACUCCGUGCCCGUGUUCUUGAAUGUCGGACGUUGAUUCCCGAGCUCCGGAAGGGCGAGGAAAAGGUCACCCUCGGGUGGCGACGAGGGCCGCGGCCGAGCGCCGAGUCCCCAGCGCCGACAUCCCCGGCGAACGCAUCGCCCAACGAGGUGGCUUCGACCGAGAUGGACACGGCAUAA